AUGCCUGGUAUCUUGCCCAUGAAAGUGAUCAAGGUCGGCGGCACUGGUACGACGAGCCGCAUCGCCCAAGCCUGUGACCGAUGCCGAAGCAAAAAGAUCCGCUGUGAUGGUGUCCGACCCUGCUGUUCCCAAUGCGCCAACGUGGGCUUCGAGUGCCGUACUAGCGACAAACUGAGCCGCCGAGCGUUCCCUCGAGGAUAUACCGAAUCGCUGGAAGAAAGAGUUCGCAGUUUAGAAACAGAGGUCAAGGAUUUAAAGGACCUUUUGGACGAGAAAGAUGAGAAGAUCGACGUCUUGUCUCGGAUCCAUUCGUUUACACCACCUUCACAACGAGCCGCGUCUGCUCGAUCUCCCUCGGCUUCCGCGACGGUGAGAUCGACCACUUCGGAGUCGUCGGAGGGUGUUAUUCGUGUGGAGAGACCUUCUAAUAGAAAACCUCGGCCAUCGCAUAACCCUUAUACCGGGUUAUCUAGCACCCAGGGCUUCGCUGAUGUCUUCAACGAUAAGCUGGUCAGCGAAGGAAAGUCAGUGACCAAGAUAUCCACCGAAGCACUUACCGCCUUACCAUCCUCGGUAUCUCAGGGUGCACUACAUCAGGCUGUGAAAACGCCACCCCGCUUGGUGUCGGAUCAGCUGAUUAACAUCUUCUUUCAAGAAUGGGCACCACUGUACCCCGUGGUACAUCGCCCGACUAUUCUGAAGGCUUAUGAACAAUAUCUCAACAAUGCCGAGUCUCUGCAGUGCAACGGCCCUGUCAUGGCGCAGUUGAACCUGAUUUUCGGCAUUGCAGCCGUCUCUUCUAUGCCGAGAACAAACCAAGAUCCUACAUUCUUUGAGCAAAAUUGGUCAGCUACCCUCGAUUCGUUAUCGAGCGACACUUCGAUCUCCAGUCUGCAGUGCUUUGUUCUUGGUCAGAUCUACUGCAUGACCAAGGGCGAUUACCGCACACUGCUGCGCUACCGUGCUCUUGGAGUGGAUAUCUGCCACCAGUUGGGAUUACAUGAGAAUGAAGAUCGCUCAGACAACCCCCUCGAGGAUGAGACUCGCAAGAAGGUCUUCUGGUCGCAAUAUGUGCUGGAUCGGUUCAGCUCCGCACUAACGGGCAUGCCUGUUCUUCUCCGCGAAGAGGAUAUCCAAGCCGAGUACCCAGUCGAUAUAGAUGAUGAGAAUGUGACUGAGACUGGCUUCUUGCCAACUCUCCCUGGCGAGCCUACCCGCAUUUCUAGUGCUAUUGCACUGUUCGGCGCUGCGAGGAUUUUGAAUAAGGCCUUGGAAGACCUUUACGCCUCGAAGUCCGCCUACGAUGUUCAUGUUUCGAAGAUGCGCGCAGUGUCUGGACAGCUGGAUGACUGGCUUCAAAAUCUGCCUGCUCACCUUCGCCUGGUGUUCAGUCAAGAUAAGCCUAGCACGAAUGUCACAAGCAGCCGAUCCCCGCUUCUGUCCCUCGUCUACUAUCUUAUUCGCUCUAUGAUCCACCGCCCGGCAGUUUGCUUUGCUGACGACAGUCUUCGGUCUCCUUCAGUCUUGGCGUUGUCUGACUCCGCGAAGCAUAUGCUUCAAAUCCUUGACCUGCUGGAUGAGCGACGACUGUGUCUUUCAUUCAGCAUCAACCGGAAGGAGCUGGUCUUCCUUUCCGGACUCGGACUGCUAUGGCAAAGCCUAGGUGUCAAGCGCGAUAGCAAGCUGGCAAAAGAAUCCCAGAAGCUACUUGGCACUGCCAUGUUGUACCUUGGAGUGGAGUCCAGUGCGGCCGCUGCCGAAUUCGGCACGCUGUCUAACACAUUGGUCGCUCUACACACAGAAAGACGUCCAUCCAUAGGAAAGCACCAGACUUCCCAGGAGAUGAACGCGCCGAUGCAAAAACCGAACAAGUCUCCCAAGAAAAAUGCGCAGGAUCUCAAGUCACGAUGCGGUUCUGUUCGUGACCAACAGCAGCAGCAACAUAUUCCAUCACCCCAAUCUCGCCGGAACACCAUCUCCGGUGCCACACCUCCUCUCGCUGCCCAGUCUCUCCGAUCCCCUAGCUGGGUCAGCCUACCACCAUCUCACUCCGAUCAACUCCCCGGCCCACACUACCACUCUCCUCUCGACCGCUCCUCUGACCCCCGCCUAGCUGCGCCAAUGGGAUAUGAGCACCAUCGUUCCAUGUCUUGUUCCACCCCCUCCGACCCCGCCACCAGCGCCAUCACCAUGGCCGACUGGGAAUACGUACUCAGUGACAUGGACCGCGGCUACUCAAACAUCUUCACCGGCAUCUACGGCGGCAAAGAAUGCGGUGAGGACCCCGGUCCCUUCGCCUCCAUCACAGCAGAAUACAGCCGCAAGCCCAACGACGCGCCUCUAAACAUCCCCCAGCCCGAGCUGCACGGCCUUUCACCAGAGGCCUGGUCUGCCAGCAGUGGUGAAUUCGCCCCUCAACAAGAACACACCACGCAGAGCGUUCUCAGUUACUCCAGUGAAAGCAUGGGUAGCGCGGACGACUCGCUGGCGCCGUAUGCUGAUGUCCGCGUACUUCCGGAGGAUAUCAAUACGAUGGACCCUUUCAAUGCUUUCGGCAUGCCCGAUGAUAAGGUCGAGGAGUUUGAUGAGUUUGGUCUUGUUAAUGGCUGGGAUCGACGGCUGGCCGUCUAA